ACCAAAAACACACUUCCAUAAUUGAUCUUAACAACAUUCCAAUAUGAAUCCCGCAAUUUUUGACACCAAAAAUAUGGCCACUAUCCCAUUACUCAUCUCUUCAUCAACACCAAGCUGUAGUAGUAGCACGGCCAGUACCAGCAGCUUUAGAUCAAGCGCCAGCAGCGAAGACAUCUCCGACGACAUCGAAAACCCGCCGAAACCUCCCCCUUUCGAGCUCCUAGACGCCAAGCUCCCGAUCCAAUCAAUACCCUUUUCCCAAUCCUUCUCCUACAAACCCCUCGCCGUCCUCUCCGGCCAUGUUGGCUCCAUUUCCUGCUUGGCCUUGUGCGGCGAGUUCCUCCUCAGCGCGUCGCAAGGCAACGACAUUAUCGUGUGGCAACAGCCCGAUUUGAGGCCUUUUACGAAGUUCGGGCACGGUGAAGGAUCGGUGAAAGCGCUGGUGACGAUGGGGAGCAGGGUGUUCACGGCACACCAAGAUAGUAGGGUAAGGGUUUGGAAGGUGUCGCGGAGAUCGGAGAACGUUUUCAGGCUUGUCGACACGCUCCCGACGAAAAAGGACUAUUUGGGAAAGUUUAUGAACAAGAGCAAUUACGUCCAAACCCGGAGACACCACAAGAAGUUGUGGAUUGAACACGCGGAUUCCAUAUCUUGUUUGGCCAUCUCAAAUGGGUUGGUUUACUCCGGAUCAUGGGACAAGACCUUAAAAGUGUGGAGAAUUUCCGAUUUCAAGUGCUUGGAGUCGAUAAAGGCGCACGACGACGCGGUAAACGCGGUGGCGGCGAGUAAAGGAGUUGUGUAUUCAGCUUCGGCGGAUGGUAAGAUCAAGGCUUGGGGGAGGGAAAACCAAGCCAAGAUUGGUUCACAUGUACUAAAAGGGAUUUUGGAGGGACAUAAAGAUGUUUCGGUUAAUUCGGUUGUUGUUUCGGAGGAUUCGAGGUGGGUGUAUGGCGGCGGGUCGGACGGUUUUGUGAUGGGGUGGGAAGGGGUUAGAGAUUGCUCUAGUUGGAAGUUGGUUUGUGAGACAAAAGCUCAUCAAAUGGCUGUUUUGAGCAUGUGUUUAGUUGGGGAGUUUUUGUGUAGUGGUUCGGCGGAUAAGAGUAUAGGGAUAUGGAAAAGACAAGCUUUUGGUAAGCUUUGUAAGGUUGGGGCUAUUUGUGGGCAUGAAGGGCCAGUCAAGUGUUUACAAGGUUCUCCAAAUAAUGUUGGUGGUGGAUUUUUGCUCUAUAGUGGAAGCUUGGACAAGAGCUUGAGAGUUUGGUGGGUUUCAAAGCACUCCUCCAAUGGAGAAGAUGAAGAAGAUCAUGUCACUACAAGAACAAGUUGUCAAUAUGGGAAAUCUAUCGUGUUGAACUAAGAAAUUUUUCAGGGUCAAUUUUUGUUUUUGUUUUUUUUAGGGAUGUUCAUAGUCGUGUGAGGAUUAAAGAGUAAAUGGGGUGGUAUACAUUAUACAAGCAUAGAGAAGGGCAGAUUUCAAGCCGUUAAUUAUGUCUUAAAUGGUUUUUUUUUUUUUUUUUUUUUUUUUUUU